CGACCCAUUCGCGCCGCGACGCAUGGAGUUGGCAGGCGUCGUUGAUGACGCGGCCGUCGACGGCGUCGCGGGCUCCAGCCUCGCCUGCCUGUUGGCGCCAGCUGACGAUGCCGAGACACCGUGGAGCAAGAGUGGCAGUUCAAGUUAUGGAGUAGGGGCCAACAGUGGGGCGACCAAAGAUACCGGCCAGUAUGACCGCAGACUCAGCGGCAGCUCGGGCUCCACGCCGGGCUCUGGCUACCGCAGCGGCAGCAGCUCCUGCGGCGGCAGCGGCAGUGGCUACCACAGGGAUCUGUCCUCGGACCGCAAGUACGGCUCGCAGCUCGACCCGCCGGCUGGCCGCGACCACUCCUCUACCAGGACUGGCUCCUACUCUGACACCAAGUACGGCACCUACCCGCACAGGAGCAGGGCGGACGCCAGCCACGGACCCCCGGUGACGCUGCCGCCUACGACGAGCAGCGGCCGGCGGUCACGUGACCCCAGCCCCAGCACCGAGACGCCAGGCGGCAGCUCCACCCUGCCGCUGCAGCUGCAGCUGCGCAUGCUCUCGCACCGGCCCUCCUACUCGCGCUCUACGUCGCGGGAGUCCGCACCCACAUCCCCAUCCACUUCCAGUCCCGGCUCCAGCAGGUUCUCCAGCGCGACGCUGCCGCGCAGCCCGCACGCCGACAAACCGGCGCCCGUCUUCGGCAGGACCGACGACAGCGCCUCUACCGACCGCGAACGGACCUCUUCGUAUACGCCCUACUCUGCCAGGUCCAGGAAUGAGGAGCGCUCCCCGUACCUGUCGUCGCUGCUGUCCAGCAAAUCGGACGAGCGGCCCAGCAGGGCGGAGGAGCGGCCCUCCGGCUCGCCCUACCGCCCUCCGCUGCUGGGCUCCUCCCCCUCUCUCGGCUCCACGUCUGCCAGGACGCGCCCAGAGGAGCGCAGCCCCUACCGGACCUCCAACAGCACGGACUCUCGGGCACUCGGCCCCACCGCGUCCUACCUCAGCCACACCAACGGGCCUCUGCGCUCCAGGCUAGACAACUCAACAGCAACCACAGCCUCACGAGAAGACAAGACUAACACCACGACCACCAACAAGGUGCAGGAUGGAAAGGCGGACGAGGAGAGCUCCAGCGAAGAGGAGGAGUCUGAGACGGAGGAGUCCGAGUCAGAGAGCAGCGAGGAGGAAGAGGACGCAAAGCAGAAGGCGGUGCGGCGCCGCCCCUCGCAGACGGUGUUCGUGACGGUGGUGUCGCGCGGCACGUCGCCCACGCCGCCCUCGGCCUCGCCGUCGCCCUUCCUGCGCAGCCGGCGCGCCGAGCUGGCCCGCGUGCUCGAGCGCACCGUGGCGCGCCCCAGCGCCGCCGCCCGGCCACGAACCCAGGACUGCGGCGUGCAGUCCGACCGCGGCGACGACACAUCGCGCACCUCGCGCUUCGCCGGCGCCUCGCGGCCCUCCCCCUGGACCUCCUACCUGGACAGGUACUCUUCCUCGCGUUACUCGUCGGGCAGUGGCUCCUCCCGCGUGGGCGGCUACUCGCUGGCGUCAUCCUCCCCACGGACGUCGGCCUCCCUCUCUUCGGACAGCCUGGCGUCCAACGUGACCAGCGCUGCCAAGUCGCCGAGCGCGCCAUCGGUUUCCGGUGACUCUGCACAAGACUCGACCAAGGACAAGGACAAGGACAAGGAUAAGGCCGCUGCGGCCUCGAGCGCCAGCGCACCCAGCACGCCAUCCGCCGAGGCGCCCUCCAAGGGCGUGACGCGGGCCAUCUCGUUCAAGAGCCUGCCCAGGACCAGGACCUCCCCGGACUCCAAGGACGAGAACGGCACGUCCAGCCCCAGCGGCAGCGCCACCGCCAGCGCCGCCGAGGCGGGGAAGCCGCCCGCGCUCAGCCGCGCCGCCUCCUCCAGGAACGUCUCCUCCAUCAUAGCCUGA